AAUCUGUCGCCUUCCAGUGACAGAGGUCAAGGAUGAUCUGGCGGAGACUCUAUCAGCGCAUACGUUAUCGCUCGGUCGGUAUGAAACGUUAAUAAAUCCAGUCACUUCCUCGGUCCUCUGCUGCCCAGGUAAGUUCUCGAUUCGGACCUCACAUCUUCAACUCCCUACGGGUAUAUAUGGGAUUCAUGGCUCUUCAGAACAUUCUCGUCGUCGGCGCAACAGGCCAACAAGGUGGUGCUGUCGUCAGGGCGCUCCUCGAGCUUCCCAAGAGCGCAGCAUCUCCCCAUAUCCUUGCCCUGACGCGCAGUGCGCAAUCCGAAAAAGCAAAGGCACUUGCUGAAUCUCACAAGCGUGUUAUCGAACUGGUCGAGGGUGACAGCAGCAACCCAGCCCCCAUUUUUGACUCCAGGCCCAAGGGUUCCAUUGAUGGCCUGUUCGUCGUCACGGUACCGGGCACUAAAGUCUCGGAGGAGCAGCAAGCCAUUCCGCUGAUCGAUGCCGCCGUCGAGCAUGGCGUCAAGCACAUCGUGUUUACCUCGGUCGACCGAGGCGGCGACGAGAAGAGCUGGCACAACCCCACCGACGUUGGCCACUUUAUCGCGAAGCACAACGUUGAGCUUCACCUACGUGACAAGGCCCAGAAGGAACAAGGCAAGUUCACGUGGACCAUCCUGCGGCCCACGGCCUUCCUCGACAAUCUCAACCCCGGCAUGAUGUGCUCCAUGAUGGCAGCCAUGUGGGCGGCGUCCUUGAGGCCCGAGACCAAGCUUCAGCUAGUGAGCGUCAGGGACAUCGGCAUCUUCGCCGCCAAGGCUUUCGCGGACCCCGUCAGAUGGUCCGGCAGAGCCAUCGGACUGGCGGGCGAUGCACUCACCCUGGACGAGGCCAAGCAGAAGUUCACCAAGGUUACCGGCCAGAGUCUGCCUCAAUCUUUCACAGUAAUGGCCAGAUUGAUGAUGUGGGCGAUGAAGGACGUUGGGGCCAUGUUCGCAUGGUUCGAGAGGGAGGGCUACGGCGUUGAUAUCGAAGCCACGAGGAAGGAAGUCCCCAUGCAGGACUUCGAGACGUGGCUCAGAGAGGAGAGCAAGUGGACGAAGGCGUGAGUCGAAAUACGUUAGAUGGGUAUGUUUUUGGUUUCUUCGAUGCGUUUUACAGCCAUUAGUGUUCUUGCUUGACCACUUUGAGUCAAUAGUAACCAACUCCCGGUCUAUGUAUUAUUCGGUCUAUGUAUUUAUUCGGUGUAUAUGGUCGAAGAGGGCGCAUGUCGGAUCAUGACAUGAUAAUAUGAAAACCAUCCUGGACCUCUUCGGGAUCUGACACUGUUAAACCGGCAAAGAAGUUGUUUAUGGUGUACAGCACAA